UGUCCGAGUGCGCUACGGACGUCCGCCCCUUCCACUGUGAAGCUGUGGUGUGGACGGCUUCUCUAAGUUCCAUCUUCCUCAGAGACUCCAGGGGACCGACGAUGACAUCCACCAGUCUCCUGACAGCAUCAGCAGGGCCCCAGGUUAAGGUGACCUUCGAGGAUGUAGCCGUGUUCCUCUCCCAGGAGGAGUGGGACCAGCUAGGCCCUGCUCAGAGGGGCCUCUACCGACAUGUGAUGAUGGAGACCUACGGAAACGUGGUUUCAUUGGGCCUUCCAGGAACCAAGCCCAAUGUGAUCUCUCAGCUCGAACGAGGAGAAGAGCCCUGGGUCCUGGACGAGAAUGGGGCCAAGGAGAGCAGUGGCCUGGGUGGCGGCAGUUCAGAAUGUGAGAAGAAGGGAGAAAACCAAAAUAGCCUAAAGCCGUUCAUUUCAGAGGAAAUAUCCAUGAUUCUUGGGAAAACACCCCCCAGGUGGAUUGAUCAAGGAAGUUACAAAUCUGAGCAGAGCUUCUGUCUGAGUCCAAGCCCAGUGAGCCCCCCUGAAGUUCAGGUCUCCAGCCCAAGUGAGCCGCUCGCUCGGCAGCCAGCCACUACUGGUGGGGAGAGGCCCUACAAGUGCAUCGAGUGUGGGAAAUGCUUCGGCCGGAGCUCUCACCUCCUCCAGCAUCAGAGGACCCACACUGGAGAGAAGCCCUACGUGUGUGGGGUGUGUGGUAAGGCCUUCAGCCAGAGCUCGGUCCUCAGCAAACACAGGAGAAUCCACACGGGCGAGAAGCCCUACGAGUGUAAUGAGUGUGGAAAGGCGUUCCGCGUGAGCUCAGACCUUGCUCAGCAUCACAAGAUCCACACAGGAGAGAAGCCCCACGAGUGUCUCGAGUGCCGCAAGGCCUUCACUCAGCUCUCGCACCUCAUUCAGCACCAGCGGAUCCACACAGGGGAACGGCCCUAUGUGUGCCCUCUGUGUGGGAAGGCCUUCAACCACAGCACUGUGCUGCGCAGCCACCAGAGGGUGCACACGGGGGAGAAGCCCCACGAGUGUGCAGAGUGUGGCCGGGCCUUCAGCGUGAAGAGGACGCUGCUGCAGCACCAGCGGGUGCACACUGGGGAGAAGCCCUACUCCUGCAGCGAGUGUGGGCGUGCCUUCAGUGACCGCUCAGUCCUCAUCCAGCACCACAACGUGCACACCGGGGAGAAACCCUACGAGUGCGGGGAAUGUGGCAAGGCCUUCAGCCACCGCUCCACUCUGAUGAACCACGAGCGGAUCCACACCGAGGAGAAACCCUACGGCUGCUAUGCCUGUGGCAAGGCCUUCGUGCAGCACUCCCACCUGAUCCAGCACCAGCGGGUGCACACUGGGGAGAAGCCCUACGUGUGCAGCGAGUGCGGGCAUGCCUUCAGUGCCCGCAGGUCUCUGGUCCAGCACGAGAGGAUACACACGGGCGAGCGGCCCUUCCGCUGCACGCAGUGUGACAAGGCCUUCAGCCUGAAAGCCACGUUGAUCGUGCACCUGAGGACACACACGGGCGAGAGACCCUAUGAGUGCAGCCGCUGUGGAAAGGCCUUCAGCCAGUACUCCGUGCUCAUCCAGCACCAGAGGAUCCACACGGGCGAGCGGCCCUACGAGUGUGGUGAGUGUGGCCGGGCCUUCAACCAGCACGGGCACCUGAUCCAGCACCAGAAGGUGCACCGGAAGCUGUGACCUCUGUGGCUAUGAGAGUCGCUCACACUUGGGCACAGACUCAGGAAGCCUCCGGCUCAGAGAAACUUGCGUCAGCUCCACGGGCAGCCCUUUGUAGUUGAGGGUCACAAAGUACCUCCAGGGAGAAGCACUGAGCUUGUUACUCCUGGGCAAAGGCUUCAAAGGAUGCCUGUUAUAUUUUUUUCAAUAUCUUGAGCUCAUAUUGGAGAGUAAUCACAAUUGUAGUGAAUUUUGGUGAGGACAGUCAUAAUUCUUUAACAUUAGACAGUUUGUUUAAAAAGAGAAACUAAUGGAAAUUAAAGCAUAAAGAUUACUGUCACAGUAAAAAGUUCUUACAUUUCAAAUAAAGGUUUCUUCUUAGGACAUUUCAUGCCUCUCCUGAAUUCAAUGAUUAAUUGUUGCACUUAGAAUGUUUUACUAUUUUCAGUAUCCUAUUAAACCACUAAAGUGCUAUGUGAAUGACAUGAAAUUAAAAAGUGUCACCAAGUAGUAUCAUGGAAAUCAUAAGAGCGUGGAACCUCCUUUUUUGUAUGGGGGGGGAAUUAGUGAGAAAUUAUAUAAAUUUAGAAAACCCUUUUAAGUGGGGCUUUAACUUUAUUCAAGAUCAGAAGGGAUAUCCUAACUUUUUAGUAAAAAUUUCAUCUCAAAAG